UGGCUUCAACUAUGGGCGUGGCUAGGCAAAGCUCGACCUAUGGGGCGGGGAAAUGGGCCGGAACGAACUGGGGAUUGGGUUUCUCUUGGGGGCGUGGCCUGUGGGUUCUCGUUUCCCGCCGACGGUUGGUCACGUCACGUGACAUGGGGUUGAAGAUGGCGUCUCCCACGGAGGGGACAGAUCUGGAAGCAUCUUUGCUAAGUUUUGAAAAACUUGACCGUGCCUCACCAGAUCUUUGGCCAGAACAAUUACCAGGUGUUGCUGAAUUUGCAGCUUCCUUCAAAAGCCCUAUUACUAGCUCUCCACCCAAAUGGAUGGCUGAGAUAGAACGUGAUGACAUAGACAUGUUGAAAGAACUGGGGAGUCUCACCACGGCUAAUUUGAUGGAGAAGGUUCGAGGCCUACAGAACCUGGCCUACCAGCUGGGGCUGGAUGAGUUGCAGGAAGUACUGAUUAAACCUGAAGUGUCCCUGGAGGACUCUACAGCUGUCAGAGGGGUGGUGACCGUCCCUCACGAAAAGGGAAAUCUGAGCCAGUGGUCCCAGUGGGGCGGUGCUUUAAGAACAUGCACGUGGCUGCCCCAGCUGUUCUGCUUUGCCUAA